UCCACUUUGAGUCACAUGUGUUGUACACACUCAUAUCAGGAGGUGGAGGCCCAAGAUAUGUGUUUAGUCAAUGGUGCCUGCCAAACGUGUGCGACAGUGACGUACUUGGCACGGCUGUUGUCGUUAUCACAUUUGGUGACAAACGGUGAGCUCAAGGCAAUGCAUCUGUCGCGCUCACUCCAGUAUGCUGUGAGAUUCUCUUACGCUCAGAAUGGAGUAAGAACGCCACAAGAUAAACUUGUGAUGCAUUCGGCCAUCGUGUUGGCUGGCCUGGGUAUUACCCUUUCGUCAUUCAGUGUGAAGCAGCUGCUUGCCACUAAACGACAGAACUAGCCCCACCUUCCCCACAACACAACCGGCCACUCCAACAUCGCUUCCGCUCAUCUUCCUCAGACUAUGUCAAGCAAUUCUCUUGUACAUUGAAAUAUCGAGUAUUAUAACAUCCGAGUCUUGUAUACAGUUUUUAUGUCAGUAUAGUGAAAUUUAUGAUCUUUUAUUCCAAAUGUGUGUUAGUUGAAAGUAGCUGUACAAAUUUUGAAGUCUUGUUAGAAUAAGUGUGUCGUAAAAUUUAUAUAUAUUUUUUUAUAGCUUGAAGUUUGUCUUGCAGGUUUAAAAUAAGCACAACUCUUGCGUUAUUACUGUUAUUUUUAAGAUGUUGUAUGUUGUAUAAUUUACUUUUUAUAGAUGGAAUGAACUGAGUUGCUUCUGUGUGUCCACUUUUUGGAUCACAGUUUUCUUGAUGAAUCUCAAUCAGUAAUCCUACUGUGUUGUAUAAAAUAGUGAAUAGUUGAUUUUUUUACUAUUAACAAGAAUGCAAGUUUAAAAAUUGUUAUUUACGUGACUCUCAGGAUAGCAUUUUAAUUGAGAAUUAUAACUGUGAAUUACUUGAUCCAUUUUAUGUUUGAACUUGAGACCUACAAAUUAAUAAUCUCUGUAACAAAAUGUUAAAAAUCGUUUUGAAAUUAUUUAAUAUACAAUGUUAUAGUACUUGGAUUAUUGAUUGAAUGUUUUAUAUUCACUAUUUUCUGUUCAGUGAGUUACGUUUUUAUAGUAAUUUAUAUUUACAUUUUAGAAUAACUUUAUUAAAUGCAAGAGAUACUCAA